GAAUAUCAAUAGAGAAAGGCGAAUGUUAGAAGCAAACAAGAAAAAAUUCUAUCUCUCUCUCUCUCUCCCUCUAGGAAUACUUCUGUCUCUUUCUAUUGGACGAUCUCUCAUUCUUAUACUGUUGAGUGACUCUCUCAAGUUAGUCCAAUGUAUGAGCAGGGAGAUUGAGCUUGUGGUCCAGAUUAUGAGAUGCGAGUGUUAAAAAGUGUUCACGUGUUGUAUAUUAUAAAAAGUAAAGUAUUUAAAAAAGAAAAUUAAUGGGGAAAAAUGUGAUAGAAAAAUAAUGCAAGGGUGAAGAAAGAAGAGAUAUUGUUUUUUUUUUCUUGUAAAAGGAAGAAAGAAAGAAAGAAAGAAAGGAAUAAUAAUAAUUUUAUAAAGUGAUAUUGCUUUUUAGUAUUAUUGUGGAUUAUAGUUGCGAUACAUUAAAACUUAGUGUGUGUGUGUAUGUUGCAUUUAGUUGACGUUUGAUUCAGCGAAGGAAUGUAAUCAGGUGUUCCAAUUAUACCAUAAAGGAAAUUGUUCUCUUUUGUGUGUUGAAACAUCAACGACAGUAAGUACGUGGAAAAAAUUUUACAGUGAUUGAAUGGAUUCGUUGAGAGUUCCAUACACAGGACAAUGUGGACUAAUCAAGAUAUUCAUCGCUCUUAUUAUUCUACCAACUGCAUUUACAGCUUACAGUAUUGGUGUUGGAAUUGCUGACACCACGGGACCAACGGCGGAAGUUGUAUUUAUGGGAUAUGCGUCUAUCAAGCAGAAAGGCACGGGCCUUCAUUUACGAACUUUCUCACGAGCAUUCAUUAUCGACGAUGGCGAGGAAAGAUUUGUUUUUGUCAGUGUAGAUAGUGCCAUGAUAAGUUAUGGAGUUAAGAAGGAGAUUAUUGAAAGACUGAAACUAAAAUUCGGUGACUUGUACACCGAAGGGAAUGUUAUGAUUAGUGGAACACAUACACAUUCAUCGCCAGGAGGUUUUAUGAUGGAUGUACUUUUUGAUCUCACUAUAUUUGGAUUCGUUAAGCAAACCUUUUUUGCACUAGUCAAUGGAAUCACAAAUAGUAUUGAAAGUGCCCAUAAUGCAGUAGUACCUGGAAGGAUAUUAAUAUCACAAGGCGAAAUUUUAGGAGCGAAUAUCAAUAGAAGUCCACAGGCGUACAUGAAUAAUCCAGAGUCUGAGAGAGAAAAGUAUCAGCAUGAUGUAGAUAAGACAAUGACCCAGCUUCAUUUAAUUGGUGCUAAUAAUCAACCUCUGGGAGCAAUUUCUUGGUUCGCUGUACAUCCGACUAGUAUGAACAAUACAAAUCGUCUUGUGUCGAGUGACAAUGUUGGUUAUGCCUCAAUUCUUCUUGAACAGGAAAUGAACAAGGGAGCAUUAAUUGGAAAGGGUCCAUUUGUAUCAGCGUUUGCCUCCAGUAAUUUAGGCGACGUUUCGCCGAAUACCCGAGGACCAAAGUGCGAGUUUUCCGGAAAUCCAUGCACCGAACAAUACACAUGUUCCGGUAAAAAGGAAAGAUGUUUUUCAUCCGGUCCCGGAAGGGAUAUGUUCGAAAGUACCAGUAUCAUCGCUCACAAAUUGUACGAGAAAUCAUUGGAUUUGUGGCAAAAUGGCAACAAAACGGAGGUGAAAGGACCGAUUCGUAUUGUUCACAGAUUUGUCGACAUGACAAAGCAGAAGGCCAAUUUUUUUAACGAAACCUCGAAAAAGGUCGAAGAGAUUAAAGGCUGUUAUCCGGCAAUGGGCUACAGUUUUGCUGCCGGAACAACUGACGGUCCAGGUUCUUUUGCCUUUGAGCAAGGUACUAUUACACCGAAUCCCUUUUGGAAUAUGGUUCGUAAUUUUAUAGCUGCACCAACGGAUGACGAUAUCCAUUGUCAUGGAAUGAAACCCAUUUUAUUGGCCACUGGACGGAUGAUUUUACCUUACCAAUGGCAACCGAAUGUGGUGUCCACUCACUUGGCAAUGAUCGGAAAUGUUGCCAUUGCUGGUGUACCGGGUGAAUUUACGACUAUGUCAGGUAGACGAUUGCGGAAUGUAGUCAAAGAAACGAUUGAGGAAAGCGGAAUGGAAGAAAACCCGAUUGUAGUUGUUGCUGGUCUCUGCAAUACGUACACUGAUUACAUAACAACACCGGAAGAGUAUCAGGUUCAAAGAUACGAGGGAGCUUCCACAAUAUACGGACCACAUACUUUAACUAUAUACUUGCAACAAUACAAAGAAUUGACAGAGGCCGCUCUUAAGGGUACCCCAUUGGAUCCUGGACCAUCGCCGAAGGAUUUGCGAAAGACGAGUCUUAUCAGUUUGGUACCACCGGUUUUGUAUGACACUCCUGAAUGGGGUAAAGAAUUUGGUGAUUGCCUUCAACAGCCGUCGAAAUUUGUCAGACCAGGCGAUGUAGUAACCGUUUCAUUUAUUUCGGGUCAUCCGAGAAAUAAUCUAAUGACUGAAAAAUCAUUUUUGACAAUUGAAAAAUUAGAAGAUGAUGAAAUUUGGAGUACUGUGGCAACAGAUGCUAAUUGGGAAACCAAAUUUAUUUGGUCAAGAAAAUCGAUAAUGCUUGGUUCCAGUACGGUUACAAUUAUCUGGAACGUGCCAGAAAAUGUCGAGCCUGGAGAAUAUCGAAUUCGACACAAUGGAUACUAUCGUUAUAUUCUCGGCGGAGUUUAUCCUUAUCAAGGCAUAACAAAUCACUUUCAGGUUAUAUCGUCGAAUAAUUAUUUAUGAAUUAUUGAAGAUUUGAAUAUCAAGAAAUAAUUUAAGUCUCGAUAAGCGGAGACGAAAAUUUGUUUUAAAAAUUGCUCAAGACUCGUUGUAAUGAGAAAUUAUUUUGUUUGAAAUAGUUUGUAAUUUUUCGUAAAAAAAAUAUAAAAUGCUUUCUUGAUUAUCGAAAAGAAAA